GGUCUCCUCGCCCCCGGGGGGGAGCGGGUCCCCCUCCCACCGCACCCCUGCCCUCACUGUGACCUCAGCUUCCAGAGCUCAGUGGAGCUGCAGUCCCAUCAGGAGCAGCACAACCUGGCCCAGACCCUGUACCUGUGCAGCGAGUGCGGCCGGAGCUUCAGGGAAUACCUCUCCCUGGAGGAGCACCUGCAGGAGCACAGCCCCGCCCCCUGCGAGGAGCCUGGCAGCCCCGCCCCCUGCAAGGAGGAGGAGCCUGGCAGCCCCGCCCCCUGCGAGGAGGAGAAGCCAGACAGCCCCGCCCCCUGUGAGGAGGAGGAGCCUGGCAGCACCGCUCCCUGUGAGGAGGAGGAGCCUGGCAGCACCGCCCCCUGCGAGGAGGAGGAGUCUGGCAGCCCUGGCCUGGGUCAUGAGGGGGAGGAGUCUGGCAGCCCCGCCCCCUGUAAGGACGAGGGGGAGGAGCCUGGCAGUGCGCAUCCCUGCUCGGACUGUGGAGAGAGUUUCUUAGGGCUGGAGUUACUGGAAAGGCAUCGGCAGCGAUCGCACUCCCAGUCCUCCCAGUCCCCGUCCCAGUUCCCCUGCCUCCGAUGCAGCAAGGUGUUCCGCACGGCCCGCUACCUGAAAACCCAUCAGAACAUCCACUCGGGCCAGGCUCCCUACCAGUGCUCCCAGUGCCAGAAACCAUUCGCUCAGCUGGGAGACCUGAGGACUCACGAGAGGGUUCACACUGGAGAGAGACCAUACAGGUGCUUGGAGUGUGGGAAGACAUUUGGACGCUCCGGCACCCUGAAGAAACACUGGCGCACUCACACGGGAGAGACGCCCUACAGCUGCGGAGUGUGCGCUAAGAGCUUCAACCAGCGGGGGGCGCUCAAAACACACCAGAGAAUCCACACGGGAGAGACACCCUACCACUGCACACACUGUGACCGGCAUUUUACUUACUCAUACCAGUACAGGAGCCACACCUGCACCAGAAACUAGAGAGGAGAGAGGAGAGGAACAGAGAGGGGAGAGGGAGGAGAGAGGAGAGGGGAGAGAGAGGAGAGAAGAGAGGGAGCUUGUUUGAAGUGUUUCAGAUCUCUGAAGGAGCUGACAGACCCUGUAGCCGAUACACAGAAAGCAGGAGCAGAGACACAGCGUGGAGAUGAAGCGAGGAGACCGAGGGAAGAGACACGUCUUCACACACAGAGACAGGCCCCGUUACUGAUGCUGCCUCAAGGGCUACCGGGCUCAGUCACUAGGUGGCGCUGCUGUUCUGUGGCAGGCAGCUGUGUGACUGAUUUGAAGAAAAAAUGUGCAUAUAGUGGAUCAGCUUUUAUCAAGAACAGCAGAUCACAUGAUGUGCAACAGGAGGGUGUGUUUAAACGCGUGCGCGUGUGUGUGUGUGUGUGUGUGUGUGUGUGUGUGUGUGUGUGUGUGUGUGUGACCGAGCGAGUCGCUUCACCUCCUUGUGCUCCGUCCUCCGGGCGAGACGUCAAACACACGCGGUCCUAUCGGAAGAGACUCUGCAGAAGCAGGCAUUGAUGAUUCAGAGCUCACCCCCCUGGGCUCUGGAAAUCGCUUUGAAUAAAAAGCAUCUGCUGAAUGACCAAUUAAUAAUAAUAACAAUAAUAAUAAUAAUAAUAAUAAUAAUAAUAAUAAUAAUGAGUUAGCUGUGGCUGAAGGAUAUUCCGAACAGGGUGCUGUUCUGCACAGACUAUGCUGUUAAUAAUCACACAGAGAGUCAAUGGAAAGCAAACAGUGUGUUUUUAAUGUGAUGUUAUAAUAAAGAAUGAGUAACGAUGAUGAGAAUGAACUAGAAAUCGGGGUUCU